AACUUUGCCCAUGUGAAAAAUGAUGAAAUAAUCUCGAUUUCAAAACAAGUUUCGCAUGGUUCCAUUUUUCCGGGAAACGUGAUGAUGAUACUUGUUUCCCUGUGAUCAAAUAUUGUUGCCAUGUGGGAUAGCAAUGGAAUCAUCCGAUUGUGACGAGACCUGGAUGAAGAAAUGUCUUCAAAUUGCCAGCACAACUUUGGCAAAAGGUGAAGUUCCAGUUGGUUGCUUAUUUGUACAUAACAACUUAGAGGUUGCAAGUGGAUUCAAUGAAGUCAAUAGAGAUAAGAAUGCUACUCGCCAUGCAGAAAUUAUUGCUAUUGAAAGUGUAAGGCAACACUGUAAGAAAAAUGGACUUGAUGAAUGCCUUAUUUUCAAAGAAUCAACUCUAUAUGUCACAACUGAACCAUGUGUAAUGUGUGCUGCAGCUUUGAGGCUUGUUGGAGUUAGGAAUGUGGUAUUUGGUUGUCCUAACCCUAGAUUUGGUGGUUGUGGAUCUGUCUUAGAUAUUCACAGUAGAGAUUUUGAAAAGAGACACCAAGAAGCUUCAAAUACACAUAACUCGUGUUCACCAAGUGUCGGAGCUAAACUCAAUUGUAAAGGUGGCAUUUUAGGUGAAGAAUCAGUGCUUCUUUUGAAGCAGUUUUACCAAGGAGAGAACCCUAAUGCUCCAAAUCCAAAAGACAAGUCAAAAAGAAGGAAAGCAGAUGCAGAAUGACAUGCUGUACAACUAUAGUUUUGCCAUGGAGUUAUAUUAUUGAUCCUUCAUCUACUUUCAUUGCUGUUAUUUAUUAAUCCAUGUGAUAAAUUAUUUCAAAGGAGAGUUGCUUUUUAAUGAAAUAGUUUAGAAAUGACACCCAAAACCAGUUCAAAGAAGGUUGUCUUUAGACAAUGAGGUCAGCACCAUGUCCCAAACCACACAUUUCCAGAACUUUUUAAGAAUUGAUCUCCAGCCCCUCCAUAGUAGCCUGAAAUCAAACACACACUUAAAUCACUCUAAUCUGCUUUUUAGGCAAUUCAAUGCAGAUGAAAAUUUUUAUCGUCAUCAACCACAAAAACAUUAUAUUAUCAGUUUUAAAAAAAAUUCAGCUGAUAGCUGCCUGCCACAGGUAGAAAUCCUGAGAACAGGUAGAAUGGAUAUAGAUGUAAAUUGCCUAGUAUACCAAAUGCAUGAAAUACUUUCAUACCAAAUGUACUUUGGGCUCUCCACUGAUUCAAAAGAAUAUGACCAGAGGGCCACUGAAAUAAACCGUGAUAGAUUCUUUAAGAAAAAUUUUGAAGAUAGAAUCUUACAAACUAUGAUGCGACUCCAUAGUGUCUCAAUUCACAUCAACGCUUAAUGGGGGAAGGGGGUGGGUUUACCUAUAAUUUUGCAUAUGUUAACAGGAAAUGUUGGAGAGGGGUCCAGGUAUACUCAAAAUCUGACAUCAUCACCAGUAAGAUUUUAAAAAUUAUAUUUAUAAUUACAUUCAGCUCCUAUACCAAAAAACAAAAAGCAUCAGAAUCGUGGACAUUUACCAUUAGAAUGAAUUUCUAAUGUACCAGUGUAUACUUAUCGAUAAAAACUAUUAAGUUUGAUUUUUUAUCAUGGCAGAUCCAAUUUUACGUUUGUUGUUUACCAAAUAGUUAUUGUCAGGCUGUCUGUUUGAUCAUAAGGCUUUCAAAAAACUUUUUGUCAUAAUUUUGUUUUAUAAUAUCAUGCAAUGUCUCUAAAUGGCUUGCUUUUUGAUAAAAGAUUAAGGUACUGGUUACAAUCACAAUUAAAACCAAAGUAGGUAUACAGUGAAAAGACAAGGCCACUGAAGUUUAAGGUUACGGUAAACGUUUUGAACACGAAAAUUGGUUUUUCCUUCCUAAAGGCCAAACGGCUCAAGAAAUCUGGAUAAACUAUAUAUCAUUCGAUGCACAAGAUUAUGGCGUAUCUAGCCAGAUAACAAUUAUUGGCAAAUAAUGUUAAAUGUUAUUUUCCAUGCGAAUUUACUUGUCAAAAAGUGUACCACCUUCAAAAGCUAUUAUGUACCCUUGCAUUUGAGGUAACAAAAUCUGACUUAGACCAGCAGGAAGUGCAGGUCCUAAGCUACCAAAGUGUGUCUCAGAUUUUUUAAAUUCCUCCUCUUUAUGAAACUAUACCCUGUCAAAAAUUGGCAAAUAAUUUUUCCACCCUCCCGCAGCUGUAUUUGGGUAUAAAAGACGGACCAGAGAAAAUAAAAAAAUUUUGAGACACACUUUGUUUGCCCAACGUCUGCCCUGGCCGUGUGCAAAUUUUCGAGCCAUUCGAUUGGUUCCUUGGGUACAUAAUAGCUUUUUCGUACCUGAAUGUAGAGGAAUUUCGAGUCCGGAGAAAACGGGAUUUUACUGAUCGCACUUGCAAGAUACACUCGUAAACCACAGUGUAAUCCGGGUCAAGUCACUUGAAGAUUUAAGAUCAAUAAGCCUGUUUAAAUAAACACGGCCGUACAUUGGAUAUAUGGAUGUGCCAUGCGAUAUUGUAAAUGAGACAUGCGACCACAACCGCAAAGCAACGAUAAUCGGCUUAACAGGUCAAGAGAUUUUCAGGCCUCAACUAAAAGUUUUGAUAAAGAAAUUAUGGAAACCUUCGGUUACAUGGGAUUUUUUCCACUUUCAAAAUUUCUGUUUGUUUCAAAUUUGGUAUCAUUGUGUGCCUUGAAAGUUCGGCUACUUGAAUGUGAAAAAAUCGAAAAAAUGAUGUUUUCAUCAAGAAAACGUUUACCGUAACCUUAAACUGAACAUGAGUUAAAAGGAACACAUAACAAACAUAGUUUAGUGCAUGUUUACAGCUGUUGUCAGUCAGGAACUUGUGGCAGAAAUAAAAUAAUUUCUGUCCGUACUACUAGUUUUUUUCUAAAUGGCUUUGAAAAAAGCAAACAUUUAGUAAACUAAAGCUUUUCAUCUGACACUCUUCAAAGUUUAAAACGUCAGAACAUAGAUCGAAAACUCUACGCUAAGAAAUAUAUAUACCCAGUUGUGGAUCGAAAUAGGCCAAUCAGAAACACGAGCACAUGACUGUAAAUUUUUUUUCUGUCUCAGCUUUGCAGCGAACUUGCUUUUGUAAAACCCUCUCCUUAAGUGGUUUCAAAAUAUAAUUCUUGAAAAAAUUUUGUGCAAUGCUUGACUAAUUCUCUUCCAAAAAGGUAAAGACUCAAUGUUAUCUAAUACCUAUUUAUUCUGCAAUUUACUACCAAAGAGCUUACUCAAUAUCUUUGCCUACAUCUAAGACAAAAGAUACUGAGCAGUCUCUUACAUUUUUUCAUGAUUUUCAUAAUUAGUACUUUUGUACCCAUAGUGCAAGAUAAAAUUUGAAAAAUUGAAAUAACAAAAGCCACAUACAUUUAUAUUUUCUAAGACUUCUUUUGUAUAAAAAAAUAUCAAAUUGGCACAGUAGAUGUUAAUGGCUGACUUGCAACAAUUCUUUCCUGUAUUUUUUGUUCAAGCUUAAAUGCAUCCUUGUUUGCUUUUUUCUCAAUUCUUCUGUUUCUUCUUUCUUCCUUAACUGCCUGUUUCCUUGUUUUCUUUUCUUCUUUACUUUCUUCCUUCUUACGGGCAUAGUUCAUACUGCAGAUUGUUUCUGAAUGUAUCUCUUCGUCUUUAUUUCCCUGGUAUUGCUUCUUCAACACAUCUGAUGGUAUUCCUAGCUUCUUUGUUAAUUUUAUUGGCUUUGGUUCUGUAAUAAGUUUUGGGUGGUUAUAUAAGUUUGAGUAUGUACUUAUGAUUGAUUCACAAUCCCAUUUUUCUCUCUCUGGCUCUUUAAAUUUUUCAAAUUCUUCUUCACUCUCUUUGCCAUUAUUUUCAGGAUCAACAAAUGUAUGGAUCGGAUCUGAAUCUUCAAGGGACUGCUUACUUUGUCCUUUGUUAAAAUCAGAGAUAGCUUGAUCAACUAAUAAUUUUUCUUCAUUCAUUAUUUCAUUUGCAUCAUCAUUAUUAUCAUCUUCAAGGCCCCCAAUGUCAUCAUCAUCAUAUUCUUCCAUAAUUUUCUCAAACUGGUCAUCAAGUAAUUGUAAACCUUGGGUCCUCCGAAUGACAGAGGAAGUCAUAGAAUAGCUUGUGAAUCUUGACUUUGUUUCUUCAUUUUCAAAAUCCUCCACAGAACCAUCCCCAAUUAUGAAAUCAUCUGAGCCAAACUCUCUGUCUGAAUAUGAACCAUCAGAUUCACCGUCAUAAUACUUAUUUGACAGAUAAUCUCCAGAAGUUCCGUCUUCACAAUUAGCAUGUAACAUGAAAUCAUCCUCCAAAACAUUGUCUGGAUCAUCCAUGUCCAAACCAUCAUCAAGUGCUGCAACUAUAUCUGGAUCCCAAUCUGGCUGUGGACCACGAGGAAGUACCCCCUUCUCAAGCAUACCUUCAGGUUCUUCAUAUUCUGAAGCAAAUGCAUCUUUUGGAAACAAAAUCCCACCAAACUCUUUUGAAACAGUGUCUGUUGAUGUUGAUGGACCAGUUUCAUCUGCCAUCAAAAGAACACCAUCACCACGUGGCUUCAAAUGUUGCAUGUAAUCAUACUCAUCAUCAAAGAAAACCCCAUGUUUUUUCAAUUCUUCUUUUUGACCAUCUGGCUUCUCAGCUGGAUGAAGAACGAAUUCUGAAGCAUCAGGGUCAGCUUGUAGUGGAUCUCUUUGAUCUCUGUGAACCAAAUGAAACCGAACAGAGCGCUUCUUGUCAAUAAAAGGCUUCUUAUUCUUCCCCAUUGCUGGAAAAUUGCGUGAUGGACAACAAAGUCUUGUGACAAAAUUUACUCCACGUGGAAAGCAGAAUUCGCGACAACCUGUUUCUUCGAGCUUUUGUUCUAAAGGAAGUUUAUUAGUACUUUAAUUUCGAUCUGAUUUGCUACAGGCAGCGACUUGUC